GUGAAGACUUCAAUUCACUUAGGAAGGGCGAGCUAAAUCAUAUAUUUGGCGUUUACUUCCUGCUUUGUGUUUUUUGUUAUUUUCAUUUUAUUUACUUUAUUACAUCCGGGCUAAAACCACCUGAGUCUAGAGAGGGAGGACCUACCUCCAUCCCGGGACCCAUGGGUUCCCGGGAAGUGCGCGGCAUGAAUGCCGGCAAUAUCGCAUGGCUGCAGCGUCCAGAAAAUGCGGGCCAGACUAUUCGCCGGGAACGGCUAAGAUCUGAUCAGCGUAGAAGGGCGGAGAGGAUGCAGGCCAGGGCUGAUCUUCAGCGGGGAAGACCAUUGGGAGGAAGGGAGAGAGGCCGUCCCCAAGUGAGACCACCACCAGCUGAGGGCAACCAUGAGCGAGAGUGGCCCCCCCAGAUACCAGCCGACAGGCCCAGCAGGAGGGAGACCAUUCAAAACCUGCCCAGACGUCCAGCAAGACCUGAGGAGAUGUGUGCCAUCUGUCUGGCAGAGUAUGAAGAGGGAGAAGUAGUCACUGUCAUUACAUGCGAGCACCAGUUCCAUCACCCGUGCAUCGCCCGGUGGCUACUAACAAAAUCCCACUGCCCCCUGUGCCGAGAACGCUGUUUCCCUCGUAGGAGAUAAGCAAAAAAUAAAUUAAUUAACAACUUAAUUACUGAAGUAGUUCUUUAAGACAAGUAUUCAUGUGUAUGUGGAGAUUUGGAGAGAAUGCAGUUGGCCGACAGCUAUCAGAAAUGUACCACCAGCUUAGGCCUGUGUCAGGGAAGAGGUAAAAUAGAACCUUUAUGGGGGUACAGGCCUUGGGAGGGAGAUUCCUAUGAUAAUGCUGUGUGUACUGGUUGUACUAGCCUCCUCUGACCAGCACCAU